AUGUCUAUGCUGAUAGUUGGAAAACGAACCUUAAUGCUGUUGUGCAGAUCCUCAAACACUCUAGCUAGGACUAUAGUUGCCAACAAUAAAGGGAACGGUCACGAUGGAUGGUUUGGUGCUGGUCACAAAUCAAUAUCAAUGCUUCACCACCGUAUGUACAAUCAACAAGGUGCCAACAAGUUACAGCAGCAGUACGACAACGACCCAUACCUGCUGUUGAAGCAUGAUCUGAAGUACAUCUACGAAGAUAUCCGUCUGCAACUUAACCGCGCAACAACGCAUCAGGAGCUGAACAAAAUGGCCGCAUACUAUCUGGAUGGACAGGGUAAAGCAUUCCGUCCAAUGGUUACAUUAUUGAUGGCAAAGGCACUGAACCAUCACGCAGAAAAUGAAAACUCCUGCCUAUCGAACGCUCAGCGACAGAUAGCAAUGAUUUCGGAGAUGAUUCACACCGCAAGCUUGGUGCACGAUGACGUCAUCGACCAGUCGUAUGCUAGACGAGGCAAGCCGAGUGUCAAUAUGCUGUGGAACCACAAACAACUGGCACUGGCCGGUGACUUUAUCAUUGCCGUUACAUCGAUGAUGCUGGCACGCGUAAAGCAUGAUGAAGUGUCGCAUAUGCUCAGCCAAACACUAACCGAUUUGGUACAGGGCGAGUUCAUGCAGCUUUAUUCGGCGCAAACGGAAAAUGAGCGCUUUGCGUAUUAUUUCACCAAAACGUACAGGAAAACCGCUUCAUUGAUAGCUAACAGUUUGAAGGCGAUUGGUGUGCUGUCCGGGGUGGACAAUCAUAUGGUGGAGCUAAGCUUCCAGUAUGGACGCAAUAUUGGGCUCGCCUUCCAGCUCGCAGAUGAUCUGCUGGACUUUGUGUCAAGCUCGGACGUGCUGGGCAAACCGGUAGCGGUCGAUUUGAAGCUGGGUCUUGCCACUGCUCCGGUGUUGUUCGCUUGCGAGCAGUUUCCUGAGUUAAACUUGAUGGUUCGUCGACGCUUUCGUGAUCCGGGUGACGUCGAGAGAGCCUUGGAGAUGGUGCAUAUUUCGCGGGGUUUUGAGCAGACACGCCACCUCGUCCAAAGACACUGUUCCGAGGCCUGCCGUUUGGCAUCUCAGCUCAGUGGAUCACCGUACCAGAGGGGUCUCAUCAUGAUUGGCGACAUGAUCCUCAAACGGAUACAAUAG